AUGGCUGCCAACAACGCUGCGACCGCCGCUGGCAGCGCUCUCUCGCAAGUGUCGAGCAGUCGUAACAUGGCUCGCCAAACUCGCACAAACCCAUCUCGCACGUCCAAGACGGUUGCCCGCUCGUUCCAGUUCUAUGGACAGUCGUCUACCGCCGAUUCUCCUCAAGUAGCAUCAUCGUCUGCUGCUGUCCCCCACGGUCUUUACCCUGCGCUCACUCAUUUCACCGAUACCAUCACGGCUCUCCCGCGCGAGUUUCGCCGUCAUAAUUCGCUUCUGAAGGAGGUUGAUGCAAAGGCGUGGGCAUUGGAGGAGAAUUUACACCAGCUACUCUUGACGGCUUCGGAAUCGAGGCCGGUUCCUUACCCACCUAAUCCUGCUCCGAUCGUGGACGGGGUUGUGAGGGAGUAUGGUGUUUCUCAGGAUGACCCGCAAAAUACCGAAUCGCAAGAGAGUAGACACCGAAGGCUGCUUUUUGAUCGAAUCAGACGCUCUUUAACCGACUUGAUGAUGACGGCCGACGAAAAGAACCACGUGAUUACAAAUGCCAACGACGAGCUCGACCAUCAGCUCUUCCGCCUCAAGACAGUUUUCCCCUACAUCUCUGGAGAAGUGAGUGAAGAGGCCAGGCUGGGUAGCCUUACUCACUGGGCCUACACCAAUCGGACCGCUAGCAAGCCUGUAACAACAGCAAACGAACGUCCCCGGAGAGAGGCAGCAUCCAGUGCUUCACAUUUCGUUCAGGCUUUGCACGAGUCGGAAGGUGUAACUCACCGAGGCGAUGCAAGACGGGAACCGUCUCGCAAGCAGCGGAGAAACCAUGCGGACCUUGAUUCCGAUGAUAUUCGCACUGUGAAUCAUCGCAAGGGCGGUGCGGCUAAGGCCCGUGCCAAUGCCGGUGACAAUGCAGACUCGGGCAUGCCUACAUCGGCGCCUAAGCGGAGGAAGGUUGUAGAGAAACCGACUCCCGUACUUGCUGGUGGCACGGCGAUGGAAAGGUCUGUUAGCGCUGUCACAAACAACGGACGAGCAGUUUCCAAGGACAGCUUGAAUACCGAAGUCAAGAAGAGAGUGCGCGCGCCAAAUGCUGUUUCCACGGCGGGCCGCAAAAGAAACAACACGGUUACGUCAACCGCAGACUCGCCUUUGGUCUCGUCGCCUGUUGUUGGCACCUUCAACCCGCCAAGGAGUGCUCCGAGUCCUGGUCCUACUACCAAUAACCGACCACAGUCUUCGAGAGCUCAACAGCCUGCAGCGCAAGCUAGUUCUCGACAGCGACCUCCCUCUGCAUCUAGCCGCAGUAACAAUAACGGUAAACCUGUGGAUGCCAAGGCGAAUUUCCCACGAGAAAGUUCGAUUAAAGAGGCAACACCUCCUGUGCCUUCUGGCGCUGCCAUUCGUCAACUCGAGGUCGAAAGAGAGAACCCGGACACCAAGCUCAAUACGGCGACAGACAAGGGCGAGCGCGUAGAGACAAAGCUGCUAGACGGCAGUAAUGGAAGCGAACAAAUGUCUCCGGUAAUUCCUGCAGCUGCUCAAACCAAGGGCCGAUCGUCCAAGACGUCGACCCCUAUCGUCUCUACGUUUCCCGAAUCCCAGACACGAGGCCGGUCGUCUCGCAACAACGCAGAAUCGGCGCCGAAACGCGGGCACAAGAAAAGCGUAAGCGUGUCUACGACAUACAAACCUCGACCGACAGCCACUCGCGACGAAGAAUCGUCGCACGAAGGCGACGAUGAGGAGGAUGAAAGCGAACCGCGGUACUGCUAUUGCAACCAGGUCAGUUUCGGAGAGAUGGUGGCAUGCGACAAUGAUUCGUGUCCGACAGAAUGGUUCCACCUUUCGUGCGUGGGACUCACGAAGCCUCCUGGCAGAAAUGUGAAAUGGUACUGCACCGACUGCAAGGAAAACGCAAAGCGUGGCCGAUCAACGGCCAAGUGA